AUGAGUGACGGAGCCUCGUUACGAGAACAGCUAUUAGACGCGUCGAGGCGAAACAACGUUGACCUGCUCGAAACAGUUUUUCAAGAACUGGGAAAUAAUGAAGCACAAAUUGCAGAUCUGAUCAAUACAGCUCACGAUCCAAUGGGCAACUCAGGUUUGCAUUUGUGUUGCAUGUAUGGGUCAUGGGAUGUGCUAGAUGUAAUCCUCGACCAAGAAGGUGGAAUCGAGAUUGACUCCAAGAACAAAGUCGAAGGAGACACUCCGCUUCAUUGUGCAGUAAGGUAUGCGAUUGAGGAACCAGAGCAUGGAACUUUCAUUGCGAGAAACCUUAUUGAAGUUGGAGCUGAUCCCCGAAUUGUAAAUCAAGCUGGCCAAAAGCCCAUAGAUUUAGUACAUGGUGACGAACUCGAUGACCUGAUUGACUUGUUGCAAGGAGCCGAGUUGGCGGCAGAGAACCAGGGCGCCGUAAACGAAGAAGAUGCUGAAGUUAUAGACGAUGGCCCCGAUGAUGAUUGA